AUGAACUUGUCGGAAGCCACAUUUAUUGUGCCCACUACAACGCCAAAGGCUGACAACAAGGCAAGAUUUUUUAAUUUGGAACUGGAAUUGCCCUUUGCUGAGCACCCUACUGUUGGUAAAUGUCGCGCUCUAUCAGAAGCGGGAAUAAUCGAACCCAAGUAUGGCAAGGUGGUGCGGGAAUGUGGAGUAGUCACUUUGGAAGUAACUGACACGGAGCCCACAAUCAUUCGUUUCAAGUUGCUAUAUGCCAAAAGUAGAGAUUUCAGUGGGCAAGAUAUUGCCACCGUUACUGAAGCUCUUGACGCAUCCAAUGUCAUUGAUGCGGCAGUGUACGAUUUUGGUCCAAUUUGCUUGACGAUUCUUUUAGGUAGUGCAGAAGCUGUGCUCCAACUAGCCACACAAGAUGCUCUUUUGAUCGAAGUUUUGAAGCACUUGCAAGUUUCUGGAUUCCACGUGAUUGGGCGGCACAGCCAUCAUAAGUAUGAGGUGAGAACCUUUGUACCAUUGGUUGGAGUGAAGGAAGAUCCAGUUUGUGGAUCAGGGUCUGGAGCCACCGCCGCUUCUCUUCGUGAUUCACAAAAUAUUACUGGCAUAACAGGUGAGCCAGGUUACUGCAUUAAACAGAGCUGGAAGCAUCACUAUUGA